CACGCUGUGGCAUAAAAGGUGGUACACAACAGCACGAUAGCCGUCUUAGAAAUUCAACUAUUACAAUGUUGUGCCUCGACAAAAUCUUCCAUGUGGAAAAAGAUCUAUUCAUGGUUGUGUGUUCCAGGUAAACAAAAGUGCGGAUAGGUAAAGUUAUUUCAGACGUACGGUACACAGACCUUGAAUAAUCUAUUUAUAAUUCGAUUUUCGAGGCUUGCUCGCAACCAAUACAAUAAUCCUGAAAAUUCUCACAAUUUGAGAAAAAAAAUCUCGACGUUUUCUCAAGCCGCGGGCAUUAUCAGAAUCAAAUGAGAUCGCGACGGACGAGCCAAAUCCUUUGCCGACUAACACGAGAAUUCCAAAAGGCAGAAGCGACUUAGUCGAGAACAGGCUGAUAUGGGAUCUGUGCGAGCCGUAGCGGGAGUGGCACGGCAGGGGGAGGGGGGAUGGAAAACGAGUCAGCAGUCGCUCGGCAUAACGACCGGCGCACAAUCUAAAAGGCCAGCUCGUAGCGGCGUCGCCCGCGUAGUCUCGCUCGCGUUCUCUCGCAGCUCGGACCGCAGCUAUCCCAAGGAACACUUGUUGAAUCGAAGAGCGAAAGCUACCGCGACCAUGCCGAGUUACAAGCUCACCUACUUCAACAUCACCGGCCUGGGCGAGCCGCUGCGCUUCCUUUUGCACUACGCCGGCAUCGACUUCGAGGACUUCCGUGUCGAGUUCGAGGAUUGGCCCGCUCUAAAGUCCAAGAUGCCAAUGGAGCAGAUACCGAUUUUGGAGAUCGAUGGCCGAGUCUAUCAUCAAACCAGAGCCAUCAGCCGCUAUCUUGCCAAGAAGGGCAACCUGUAUGGCAGCAACGAGCUCGAGGCGCUGGAGAUCGAUAUGUGCGUCGACGAUAUCGAGGACUGCAGGCUAUAUUACUCCGCCCAUUUCCGCGAACAAGAGCCGGCCAGGAAAGCCAAACUACUUGAGCUUGCCAUUGAGAAAACCCCGUGGUACCUGGCUAAAUUCGAACAACGAGUGAAGAAGAACGGCGGAUACUUCGUCGCCGGCAAGUUGAGCUGGGCCGACACCCAUUUCUCGGCGAUCAUCGAGCUCAUCUCUAAUAUCGCCCAGAAAGAGUUCGUCAAGGAUUUCCCGGCGCUGGACAAACUCGACCAAACCGUUCGUUCAACGCCCAAGAUCAAGGCUUACCUCGACAAGCGGCCCCACACUAAAUUUUAAUUAAUUUAUCAUAUUCGCACAAUCUCUACUCUCUCUCUCUCUUAUACCAUUCGCAUUCACCAGCCUUUCUGUCUCCACGCAAUGAAUAAAAAACAUUUUUCUUUGUCACGUUACAAAAAG